AGAAUUGUGUGUGUGUACGACUGGUUGUAUGACCAAGGGUCAGUACCAUAAAGCAGAGGGUCGAUGCGCAUGGAUUUUCGGUUCUUCUUCUUUUGGUUUCUGAAAUUUGAGUUCACGGUUGGCGAGGAGGAGAGGGAGGAGGAGGAAGAAGAGGAGGAGGAAGAAGAGGAGGAGGAAGAGGAGGAAGAGGAAAGCGAGGAGAAUGGAUACAGGGAGAAUAGAGAGAAGAGAGUGGUUGUUUUCACCGGGACUUCGCUGUCGCUGCGACUUUUCAUCGGUACUUGGCUGUCGUUGCUGGACUCGCAUUUGAGGAGAGGACGGGGCGAUCUGAUCUGUGAUGUGAGUGAGGAGGAGGAUCAUGGUCUUAACGUGUGGGUGUGAGGUUUUAGUGAGUAAUAGUGGCAGCAUUCUGUGAAAUUUGCGCUGCUGAUUGUUGUGGCAUAUGGGCUCAGUAUAAAGCACCUGCUGUUCUUGUCUUGCCCUGCGCUGUACUCAUCUUGUAAUUUUGUUGUAGGACGUCGCGGUAGUCUAAAGUUGUUGUUUUUGUGUUUCUAGUAUUCAAUUUGGGGCUAUUUGUUCCUUAGUAGUGAAAGUAGUUUGUAUUGGAAAGGGUUUGUGGUGAUAGCGCUGUAGAGUGUUGGGCGGUGUUGUUGUAAUGGAGAGGGGUUGUUGAUAUAUAUAAUAUCCGGAUUGUUGUAUUGCGCAGAGGGUUUGUUGAUAUAUAUUAGGAUUGUAGACGGUUUGUUGAUAUAUAUUAGGAUUGCUGUAGUGGAGAGGGUUUGUGGAUAUAUACUAGGAAAAUUCGAUGGUGAUGGAAAAGGAAGGAGGGGCACGUAAUCGCAGGGCGAUGUUGUUGUACAUGCGAGGGUGUUGAUAAGGUCAAAGGUUUGCGGAGAGUUGUAGCACCGCUGUAACUAUUGCAUUGUCCUCUGGGUCCGGAGGAGGGAAAGAGAGAGGGGGAGGGGAGGGGGGGGCGGGGGAACGGGCCAGGGGGCCGUGGGGGCGGGGGCGGAAGGAGUUGAAGAUCGUUGCCUUUUCCGUUUGAAGAAGGUUUUGUCUGUUCAGGGGUGCUGUUUGGGAUUGAGAUGUAGGUCGAGAUUCUCCUCCUUUUCAGGUGUGUAGGCGACUUAUUUGGGAGGCAGCUGGCCCCCGAUUAAAAUCUGUAGGUCGGGAUCCCGUCUCUUCUAACACAGAGGAUACGCCCGCUAAAGGUUGAGGCCUUCGCUUCUGUUUUGCACGGACGUCCGUGGCCGGUUUUCCCUCCUCUACACCUCUCUCUCUCUCUCUCUCUCUCUCUCUCUCUCUCUCUCUCUCUCUCUCUCUCUCUCUCUCUCUCUCUCUCUCUCUCUCUUCCGUGGCCCUUUUCUUUCUGUGUAUUAACGCUUGCUUCUUGGGGUCUGUUUGAGGGUAUUUUUCGUCCGCAACGCUCUUUUCUGUGCGGUAACGCUUGCCGCUCUUCGUCAAUCUGUCUCUUCUCGCCUGUUUCUGGGCCUUGGCGGCUUUGCGGUUUAUGGCAUUGAAUUUCUUCCUCCGAGUGAGGGCUGUUUCUCUAGUCCUCUCUUAUUCCAGUCACACUGCUGCUAGUCCUUUCGUCUGUUUUCCUCUUCUGUCCAACUAUAAGCUCGUAACAGUUGUCAGUCUGUAGACCUCUGCUGUCCCCAAUUCUCUUCCUACUCUCUCUCUCUCUCUCUCUCCUUUUUUCUCUGUGUAUGUCUGUUUCUAUCCUUCUCUCCAUCUUCAUCUCGCUGGAUGCAUCACUCUUCUGUCACUUCUACUGAGCACGCACUGGGGAGGCUCGACUUUGUUCGUUGUUUUCUUUUUUUCCAGUUUCCUGCCCUACUGCAUUGUAGACUUCAAGGCAUAUACUCGCAGCAGGGCUCUCUGGGAUGUAUAAUGGCGCAAUGACUAGUAGAUUCGGCCGAAUAAGUCCGUACAGUGAGUAAACCUUCAUUCUUAGCCCUCCCCCAUGUAUGCUUUCUCUCCUUAGCUAGUUCUACUGUUUCUCUCCUUAGCUAGUUCUACUAUCCUGUCGUGUCAGAAUUUCCUGCGGAAAAGCACUUCGUUUGCAGACUGCGUUGUGAGAGGUGGUAGUUAUACCCUCGCCUUUUAUGUCGCUCUCCCUACCACCUUUCUUGUACUAUUGCGAGUGCUGUUUUGUCACUGCUUGAAGGGAAUUUCUUGCGCGCUUCCCCUGAUCUCUUGUCGACUCUGUAAAGGCUUUUCGG